CAGAUGUCAGCCAAGGAAGCCUGGCCAGCGCCAGAUCAAGUUGCUGCUGCCAGCUCUCGCGAGCUUUGUCAGUAAGAGUUGACUGAAAUGUCAGAGCUGUGCAAUUCACAGGCGGGGCGGCUGCUGCAUCCCGCCUUUCCCCGAAGUAGUAUACGACUGCCGCUUUGCAAACUUCGUCAUCCUUUUCUGCAGUGAUUCGGGAAUCAACAUGCAGACCCAGUGCACCACCAUCACACAGACCCACUUCCUCCUGUCCUUUCUACUGCUUGGCAUGCUUUUUGGGAAUUCACACGCUGAAGACUUCAUAGUCACAACCAAGACGGGAAGAGUUCGGGGGCUGAGCCUGCCCGUUCUCGGCGGCACGGUGACUGCUUUUCUCGGGAUCCCUUACGCACAGCCUCCUCUUGGAAAGCUAAGAUUCAAAAAGCCACAACCCUUAAACAAGUGGCCUGGCAUCCAUAAUGCCACCAAAUAUGCUAGUUCUUGUUAUCAGAUCAUAGAUCAAACCUUCCCAGGCUUCCAGGGGUCGGAAAUGUGGAAUCCGAACACGAACCUCAGUGAAGACUGCUUGUAUCUGAACGUUUGGGUUCCAGCACCUAAACCGAAAAAUGCCACUGUCAUGGUAUGGGUUUAUGGUGGUGGCUUUCAAACUGGGACUUCCUCACUACCUGUUUAUGAUGGGAAGUUUCUAGCUCGGGUUGAAAGAGUUGUUGUCGUCUCAAUGAACUAUAGGCUAGGUGCCCUAGGAUUUCUAGCUUUACCUGGAAAUUCUGAGGCUCCAGGGAACAUGGGCUUAUUUGAUCAACAGUUGGCCCUUCAGUGGAUCCAAAGAAACAUAGCUGCCUUUGGAGGGAAUCCUCAGAGUGUAACACUUUUUGGUGAAAGUGCAGGAUCAGCAUCUGUGAGCUUACAUUUGCUUUGUCCCCAAAGCUACCCUCUGUUUACCAGAGCCAUUCUGCAAAGUGGAUCUUCUAACGCCCCCUGGGCAGUAAAGUCUCCAGAGGAAGCCAGAAACCGAACCUUGGCCUUAGCUGAAUUGGCUGGCUGCUCAAAGGAGAAUGAGACAGAGAUGAUUAAAUGCCUUCAAAAUAAAGACCCUGAGGAAAUUCUUCUGAACCAAAGGUUCGUUCUCCCCUCUGAUUCCCUCUUAUCGAUAAAUUUCGGUCCAACGGUGGAUGGUGAUUUUCUCACUGACAUGCCCCACACACUACUUCAACUCGGACAAGUGAAAAAAACUCAGAUCUUAGUAGGUGUUAACAAAGAUGAAGGGACAUCUUUUCUAGUGUAUGGUGCUCCUGGUUUCAGCAAAGACAAUGACAGUCUCAUCACUCGGAGGGAGUUUCAAGAAGGUUUAAAUAUGUAUUUCCCAGGAGUGAGCAGCUUGGGAAAAGAAGCAAUCCUUUUCUACUACGUGGACUGGUUAGGUGACCAGACACCGGAAGUCUACCGUGAGGCCUUGGAUGAUGUAAUUGGAGAUUACAACAUCAUAUGCCCCGCAUUGGAGUUUGCCAAGACAUUUUCAGACCUUGAAAAUAAUGCCUUUUUCUACUAUCUCGAACACCGAUCUUCCAAAAUUCCUUGGCCUGAAUGGAUGGGAGUUAUGCAUGGCUAUGAAAUCGAGCUUGUCUUUGGCUUACCACUGGAAAGAAGAACUAAUUAUACUAGAGCUGAGGAAAUUUUGAGUCGAUCCAUGAUGAAAUUUUGGGCAAAUUUUGCAAAAUAUGGAGAUCCCAAUGGAACCCAGAGCAAUAGCACAAUGUGGCCUGUCUUCACAAGUACUGAACAAAAAUAUCUAACCUUGAACACAGAGAAGCCAAGAAUAAACUCUAAGCUCCGUGCUCCUGAAUGCCAGUUUUGGAAACUAUUUUUUCCUAAAGUCUUGGAAAUGACAGGAAAUAUUGAUGAAACAGAACAAGAGUGGAAAGCAGGAUUGCAUCGUUGGAGCAAUUACAUGAUGGACUGGAGAAAUCAAUUUAACGAUUACACUAGCAAGAAAGAGAGUUGUAUGGGUCUCUAAUUAAUAGAUUCACCCUUUCUAGAAUGUCCAUUUUCCUGUAGAUGAAAGCAACAAUACCAGUAGCUCUCUUCGCAUAUACCAAGAAUGCUAUUAUACAACCAAAGGAGAAUUGCCAGAGGAGAAUAUUGAUUCCUCACAUCUUUCACUUAGUAUUUUACCUAAUGUUUCAGAGCCAAGUCACUAGAAGUUGUUUUAUUAAUUUUCAGAAUAUAAACUUUGAGAAUUAAUUAGGUCUAUAUUAAUACAACAUGCUGUUUUGCUCUUACUUUCCUGAAUAACAUUACUGUUUUUACCUAAAAGGUACAUACUCUAUUUUUAAUUCACUCCUGUAUUAUAUAAACCACAUAUAUAAAAGUAUCUUAAAAAAUGGAAUCAGAUUUUGAAACACUGAUGUUACAGUUUAUAUUAGUGUUUCCUAUAAUUUAUUUACAAAUCUAGUGAAAAAUUGGCUACUCAUAUAUAGAGAGCCAAGGGAGAAUAUAAAAAUAAGAGCCAUGAUAUCUGGGAAAGGUUACAAUGAAGUAAGAUAUGACUAGCACAAACUCUGGAAUUUCAUGUACUGUUGAAAAUCAAACCAACUUGCUACCGUGCAUAAGAAACCACACUUCAGGCAUCAUUUCCUGAGUAUGACUUGUCAUAUGAAGCAGGUCCUAUCCAAGAAUUCCACAGCCAAAGAAAACACAGGACUCCUAAAAGAGAAUCCGUUGCCUCCACACUGUGGUGUGGGGUGGACAGCAGAAAUCAAUGUAUAGGAAUUCUUGGAUGUUGUACCUUUAACAGAUUCACAAGUGAAACAAAUAAUUUUUUAAAAAUUAUUCAUGAAAUAAGUGUAUGUGAAUCUAAACUCCACAUCACAUCAGUCCUCUCUAGGGUCAAUACAUGAAGAAUUGUUAGUAUAGCAUUAAACCAAGUCAUAUAGCUGUCAUGUUAUUUAGGUGAAUGUUUUGGUCCAUGUCUCAAAAUAUGACAAAUAAUAAGUAAGUCUUAGAUUAUAAAAGAAUAAGUGGAGCUAAUCCAGGCAGUUAGAACAUUAUUUUGAUCAAUUAUUGAUAUAUUGCAAAGUGUAAAUUUUAGUGGGUUAGAGUUCAAAUUUUGAUUUAUACAGACUAAAGUAAUAAGUCUCAUUUCUUUAAAUUCUUUUUUUUUUUUUUUUGGUUUUUCGAGACAGGGUUUCUCUGUGUAGCUUUGCGCCUGUCCUGCAACUCACUUGGUAGCCCAGGCUGGCCUCGAACUCACAGAGAUCCGCCUGGCUCUGCCUCCCGAGUGCUGGGAUUAAAGGCGUGCGACACCACCGCCCGGCCGUCUCAUUUCUUUAAAAACUAUCCUCGUUAUAUAUUCUAAUUUUUGAAAAAUAGUAUGCUGAAGAUUAUAAAGACGGGAUAAUUUAAAAAGUGAAGUAAUUAAAUUCUUGUCAAUCUGAUAAUUUCUUGGAUAAUUAUUAAGUGACACAAUUAUACUAAUGCCUAAUAUGUAGGACAAUCUACACAUUGCUGAAGAAGACAACAAAAUCAAUAGUUAGUGAAAUUUCAUAGCCUGGUUGUCUAUACUGUGCUCAAUGGCACCAGUUCUCUUUAUAAAUUUGUUUGCAAAGGAGAGUAUGUAGGAUGAAAGAGGAUUUACCUAAAUGUACUGAAUGUAAAGCAUUAUUUACAAUCCUUCUACACUGCCAAAGAAUAAAGAGAAUUCCAUCAUCAGAUCUAAAAAUGCAUACAAAUAUGUAUUAGGGUUCUUUUAAGGAAGAGAUAAAAUGAAUACAUAUAUUAGAAAGGAAUUUAUUUGGGUGACUUAGGGGUUCUGUAUUAGCAGUUCAAUAAUGGCUGCCUCACACUAGAGAGGCCUAGAAUAUAGAUGGUGUUCAAUAUACAAGACUGGAAGGCUCAGCAUUCCUACUCAGGUGAGGAAGCCUGGAGAAAUCCUCCAGAGCUUCUGGCCUUGAGUCUACUUUGAAAUCCCAAAGAAGUAGGUUCUAAUACUAGGGAAGGGAUGUUACAUCAACAGGAUAGAUUAACUUACCUGCAAGAAUUAGGCCACUCAGGUAAAAUGCAAAAUUUCCUUCUUCCAUGUCCUUUCAUAUGAGCUACUACCAGAAGGUGCAUCACACAUUUAGGAUGGGUCUUCCAGUUUCAAAUUCCCUGAUUUAGAAAAUCACUCAGGAAUGUCCUGAAGCUUGCAAAUCAGUUGACUCCAGAUACCAUCAAGAUAACACCGAAAUUAGGCAUUACAAAUCCAUCCCUUGUCAGCAUGAUAUACAGGCACAUUUCCUUAAGUAAUGCUUAAUUUCCAAAUGAAAGCAAUAAUCAGGUCAUAAUUACACCUAACAUUCUAUAACUGUCCCAUGCACAACUAUAAAUGUAUUAUCUAUUUUAGAAUAGUGAACAAAGUCCCUUGAAGAAUGCUUAGUCUUUUGUGUCUUUCAACUUAAAUAUGAUAACACAGAUUUACAACACUUAACCAAUGAUAUUAUCUCAAUUGAUAUUACAAUGCAUGAUAAAAAAAAACAGAGGGAAGAAAAUGCAAAUAUCAGUGUAUACAUGCAAACAUGUUCUUUGCAUAAUAAGACAGAAAUUCAUAUCAAUUACAAUAAUUUCUGCAACUGAAUAUUGGCCAAUAUUUAUAACUAUAUUUCUCUACUAUCUGUUUUUUUAUUUCCUUCACCCUUAUCAAGCAGCUUACUUUUACGAGUUUCCUAGAAUCUAUGUCAAUUAAAAACAAAUAUCCAAUAGGCUAUGCAAAUCUAAUUGUUUAUUUUUCCUCAAUGCAUAGUUACUCUAGUAAAAUGCCAUAGGUCCUUCUAUAAAAGGGCAGGAGAAAGAUUAACAAUAAAACUCUUCAAUAUUCUAACACAAUCCUAACUCAGGGGAUCCUGACCUUCCCUUCAUUCAAGGAGUUCUAGGUUUUCUAACUGGCUCAGGUCUAGAAAUUGACAGGCAGAGACGCCUUAUUGCGACAACCCAAUUUAUCCUUUUUUGUAUUUGUUCUAGAGUUUUUCCACUUCCAUAGAUGAAACAAACGCUUAACAGGCUUCUAUCUGUUUUGUUCCUAGAAGCACCAUGUUUCAUUAGCCAGUACCAAAGGUUCCUAUGGGUCAGACCUUUACACUCAUUGCUUUGUCUGUGCUGCCCAUUCCAAUACCUAGUCUUGUCUUAACUUUGACAAUUCAAUGAUGCCACCUGACCUCUGCAACUCAGGGGCUCAGUUAAACCCAUUAUGAUUAAUUUAUCCACUGAGCAGCAGCAUCUUCAAUCCUAAGAUCUGACACAAGAAAAAGAGCAACAACAAAGCUUUUCAAAUCUGCCGGUGCCUGCCUUAGUGUUUUCUGUGUUAUAUAUUCCAUGUCAGCCGUUCACCAUUUUCUGUAGUGAAAGGCAUGUAUUCUUGGCCUUAUGCCAGGGAAGGAAGAGAUUUUGCACAGAUUAUCUACUCCAACAUUCCAAAGCCUAGAGUCUCAUCAACAAUAGGCCAAGAUGCAGCAGGCAUAUCCAGAUCCCUCUAAGUAGAAUAUCAUUUCAGAACCACAUCAGCCUACCAAUCAUAUAAACCUUUGGUACUCCUUUAUUAACUGUGAAAACUUCCAUAUUAACCCCAGAAUCACCACAAAGAGGGUCUAUAUCAAUAAUCACAGCCUGAUCCAGUUUUGUGUUCCUUCUACCACAAUCCUACACCUUUAAGAUCCAUUCUCACGAGCAUUCCCUUGACCUCUACUUGAAUGAAAUGGAAAGUUCAUUAAUUUUUUUAAUAAUGUAGUGCCCCUCACAGACCUCACUACUCGGGCCAUUCUUAGUCUCCUUAAAGGUCUACAGAUAACAAUUAGUAGGCACCAAGGGACAUCUGUAUUGUCUUGCCUAGCAUUCCCUUUAAGGAAGGUAAUUUUGAGUUCUGUGUACAAUACAGGGCCACGUCUCUCAUUCAAGGAUGGAGAGAGCAAUACUAGGAGGGAUGUGUUUGUGGUGUAUAUUCUUAUAAGAGUGGGGAGACAACUUUCUCAGGUGAGAUAAUAUAGUGGUUUGAAUGAGAAUCCCCCCCCCCCACACACACACACACAGGCUCAGCUAUUUGAACACUUAGUCAUCAGUUGAUGGUGUUGUUUGGGAGGCUUAAGGGGUACAACUUUGCUGGAGGAGGUGUGUCACUGUGGAUAGGCUUUGAGAUUAUAUAACCUCAUCAUACCUCUAGUUCACCCUUUCUGCUUUGUGCUUGUGUUUGAAGACCUAAGCUCUCAGUUUCCUGUUACAGCCACCAUGCCUGCUGCUUGCUACCAGGCUUCCCACUGGGGACUGUUAUCCCUCUGGAAUCAUAAGCCCAAAUAAAUGCUUCCUUCUAUAAGU